UAAUUUUGGUUGUUUCUAACUGUUGCAGGCAAGCAAUGGAGAGAGAAACAGAUGCGAAAGAUUACAGACAAGGUGUUUUAUCGUUUCAAAAAUGAAACAGGAAGAGCUAAUCUGAAGUUUGAAGAUCUUUAUAUUGCUGUUCUACUUGUCUACAAUGAUAUAAACAAGCUUUUGCCUGGUCCUCACUUUGAUCCUCCUCCUAAAGAAGAAGUUAGAGCCUUGAUGCAGGAGUGUGACAUGAAUCUUGACGGGGAACUAGAUCAUGAAGAAUUCGUCAAGUUUAUUAAAAAAUUAACAAAGGAUACAUUCAUCACUGUCAGUCAGGGACUGAUUAUUACAUUGGCAGUAGCACCAACAGUUGCUCUUGUAACAAAGAGGACAACAGAAGGAGUUCCUGGUGUUGGGAAGGUGGUGCAGAAGAUCCCAAAUGCUGUUUACGCUUCCCUUGUGACCCUUACGAUUGUCAUGUUCCAGAAAGCAGUUGAAGCUAGGGAAUACUGAAAUUUGUUUUCUUACAGAAACAAGUUUCUACUUAAUGUGUAUAAUUAAGAUAACAGUCAUCUGCUACAAAGUUGAUUUUGAGUAUCUCAUUGUUGCACACAACAAAUUCCAUAAGUCUCUUGUGAAUUCCGAUGAUAUAUAUAUAUAUAUCCUGGCAUUAGUCUAAUAUGUCAA